AUGGCUUUUACAUUAUUUGCGGGGCUGCCAUUGGUGGAAGACGUGUCACGUGAGGGCGGCCGUGCGCCUCCUACUUCAGGCUGUGGGAAGAUGGCGGACGCGGCUCGGCUGGGCUGUCAGCUCUCCGGCUCCCUCUUCGCUGUAGCGAAAGAAAACGGUGAGCCCGUCGCCAAAAAGCCUCGGACGGAAGUGGCUAAUGGCGGGCAGCCGUUACCGGGCGAGAGCGAAGGGAGCUCAGAACUGUCCACCCUGCAAGAGGGAGAGGCCUCUGCGCAGAGAGCGGCCGGAGUGAAGGCGCACAAUAGCUCGGCGCUUCCGGGCCUUCUUCCUGUGGACCAGCGGCAAGUGGGGAUAGUCAUAGAGGAGGAGGAGGAGGAGGGAGCAGAGGAGCUGCAGAAUGGAGGAGACCUGACCGACCAGGCUGUGGACUAUGGAGAAAAUCUUCACUUGGACGAUGAACUUGCUGGUGGAUUCCAUUCGUGUGACAGUGAUGAAGAUGACCGAGCCUCCCAUGCCAGCUCCAGUGACUGGACUCCUAAGCCCUGUAUAGGACCCUACACAUUUGUUCAGCGGCACCUUAUGAUGGGCACAGAUCCUAGGACCAUUCUGAAAGAUCUGCUUCCAGAAUCCGUUGCGCCUCCAGAUCUGGAUGAUAUGACCCUGUGGCAGAUUGUUAUCAAUAUACUCUCAGACCCUCCGAAAAGGAAAAAACGCAAGGACAUUAACACUAUUGAGGAUGCCGUGAGGCUACUACAAGAAAGCAAGAAAAUAAUGGUUUUAACAGGAGCUGGGGUUUCCGUUUCAUGUGGGAUUCCAGACUUCAGAUCAAGAGAUGGCAUUUAUGCACGACUUGCAGUGGAUUUUCCAGACCUUCCAAAUCCUCAAGCCAUGUUUGAUAUUGAGUAUUUUAGAAAGGAUCCAAGGCCAUUCUUUAAAUUUGCAAAGGAAAUCUUUCCUGGCCAAUUCCAACCAUCUCUCUGCCACAAAUUUAUUGCUAUGCUGGAUAAGGAGGGAAAACUGCUUAGAAAUUAUACUCAGAAUAUAGAUACUCUGGAGCAAGUUGCAGGAAUUCAGCGGAUUAUACAAUGUCAUGGAUCAUUUGCCAUGGCUUCCUGUUUAAUAUGCAAACACAAAGUCGACUGUGAAGCCGUAAGGGAGGACAUAUUUAAUCAGAUUGUGCCGCAUUGUCCAAAGUGUCCUCCAGAUGAGCCACUUGCAAUCAUGAAACCUGAUAUUGUCUUCUUUGGAGAGAAUUUACCAGAGGAAUUUCACAGGGCGAUGAAGUAUGACAAGGAUGAGGUUGACCUUCUUAUUGUUAUUGGCUCUUCAUUGAAAGUGAGGCCGGUUGCUCUAAUACCAAGUUCAAUCCCUCAUGAAGUGCCUCAAAUUUUAAUCAACAGAGAGCCAUUGCCUCAUCUCCAUUUUGAUAUUGAACUACUUGGUGACUGCGAUGUUAUUAUAAAUGAAUUGUGCCAGAGGCUGGGCGGAAAGUAUACAGCACUUUGUUCCAGUUCCAUUAAACUUUCAGAAAUCACAGAAAAGCCUCCUCGACCAAACAAAGUACUUUUGCCAGAGACGACGACACCUAGGCCCAUAGGUGCCGGACAAGAUGUCUUUUCACAAGACUGGUUAGCUCGCCCAGAACUGCCACUGACUCCACCCUUGGAAGAAUGUCAGUCUUCAGAAAGUGAAUCUGAACUUUCUCAGAGUGGACCAGGAAAAAUGGGCGCAGGCAAUGCUAACGGUAUAGCCAGCAUAACGCAGCUGGAGACGUCCGAGCCUGUAAGUGAGAACCCAGUUAGCAAUGAUGACGAUUCCAAGAAGUUUCUUACAGAGAGCAGUAUUGAUACAUCCAGGAAAAGUCUGACAAGUAAAGCUGUAAAGGAACAGAUCAGCAAACGUCUGGAUGGCACCCAGUAUCUUUUUAUGGCCCCAAAUCGCUAUAUUUUCCACGGUGCAGAGGUGUAUUCGGAUUCUGAGGAAGACCUGUCAUCCAGCUCGUGCGGAACGAACAGCGACAGCGAAUCAUUACAAAGCCCAAGUUUACAGGAACACGUCGAUGAAGACAGCGAGAAUGAGGAUUUUUACCGGGUCAAAUUUGACAAUGACUCAGACACAGAACAUAGAGUUGGGCUCGAGGAGGAGUCUGAAGGGCUUUUAAUGUACGAAAACAAUGAGGUUUUAGGUAAUGACGACGCACCUACAAAGUUAUAGAACAGACACUGCCUUAGCUCUUCUAAACACCAGCAUUAAUGAUUUAACCUGGACAGUAAGAAGCAUGGGAACAUGUGGAUUCAAAAGCAUGCUAAACACAAAUGUUAAAAAGUAUAAGAAAACACACAAAGUAAACGGUCGUAAGAAUUUUUAAAGAACUUUAUAUUCACUCUAAACCCCUCUGUAAUUAUUUUUGUAACUGGCUUUUUUCUGUCUGCGUAGUGGUGGGAAGACUUAUGCAGUAUUGUGGCCAAUAAUUUAUGUAUCCUUCUAGAGACUUUUUUAGUUUUUCUUUUUUGGGUUUGUUUUUCAGUUAUGACAAAAGAUAUUUAAAUCUAAGGUUUCGAUUAAAGGGACAGCUAAAAUAGGCCAAAGACAAGGUAUUGUCAUUACUUUUUUUUUGAGUAGCAGUACAUUAUCAGAUGCCGACAACAGAAAACACUUGCAUAGUUUUCUUAGCUUUUUCUGUACUUUUUUUUUUUUUUUUAUCCGACAACUUGACAUUUUCUAGUCUAUCAUUAUUCUUCAACUGAAUGACUAAUUUUCUGCAUUUUAGGUUUUGUAAUUCAGACUUAAACAGAUAUUUAGGUUACCAACGAGCCAAUGUAAAUGAGAAAUUUCUAAUUUUGUCUUUUUUUUUGUUUUUGUUUUUAUAUAUAUAUAUAUAUAUGAAUGUGUUUGUACAGAUCGCCAUAAUAUAAAAAUGGAUGCUCGGCUUUCCGGGUAAUCCGGGUAAAUGCAACUGUUCCCGCGAUAUUCAUGUUCCGCAGCUUUUUUUUGUGUCAAUACUGUGCCUAAUUUAUUUUGUUAGGUUUGUGUUGUCUUCGUAUGGGUGGGGAGGGAUCUGUCCCUCUGGGAGAAUUUCUUUCAGUCCUUUCAAUAAAAAGUCUGUCAUCUUAGGCUAUUUUCACGCUAGCGUUUUUACUGGAUCCGGCAGGGUUCAGCAAAAACGCUUCUAUUACUAUAACCAUCUGCAUCAGUUAUGAACGGACCUGGUUGUAUUAUCUUUAAUAUAGGCA